AGGCAGAGCCGCAGCCAACACCUACCAACCCGUGACCAACCAGAGCAGAGGCAAGCUCUCUUGGCGUGCUCACCUCGGCUCAGCUUACCUCGGCUUGUUCCAAGAUUUUCCCUCACCUGCUCGAUCUCUCUCUCCUUCCCCCAUCCCACCGUAAGGACAGGGGCAGAGAAGCAAGAAGGGUACAGCAAGAGCGCCCGUCGGCGGUCGUCCAUGGCGGGGGAGGCCAAGCAGCUGUUCGCCGCGUCCGAGGUCGCCCUCCACUCCUCCAGGAAGGACUGCUGGGUCGUCAUCGGCGGAAAGGUUUAUGAUGUGACCAAGUUCUUGGAGGACCACCCUGGGGGAGAGGAUGUGCUCCUCCAUGCAUCAGCCUCGGGGGAUGCCACGGAGGCAUUUGAAGAGGUGGGGCACAGCACGUCGGCCAUCAGCAUGAUGGACAGCUUCCUGAUCGGAAGCAUCAAGGGCUACGUGCGUCCAAGUACAUCAAAGGCCACAGAUCCUUGGGGCCUGGAUGCGCCACCAAAUUCCAGGUCGAUGCAAGGGAACAAAGGCCCUCCAAAUCCAAAUACAUUCCUGGACUUCCUACUCCCGUUAUUUGUGCUUGGCCUGGCAUUUGCAGCUUGGUAUUACCUGACCUUCGUCUCCAAGAACCAUUAAGUUCAGUGAGGCUUGGAAUUAUUGCUCACUAUUAGAUGCUAGGGUUAUAUAAGCAAAACAUUUAAAGAAUGUAAACCUUGUCGUACAGUAACUUGUACUUGAAGAGGUUACUGGCUAUGUUUUAGAGAGACAUAGAAGAGAGAAAUUAUUAUAUUUUGCUUAAUCUUUAUGAAGCUGUAGUUUUCUUGGAAAUCUUGUUCUUGCAUGUAACACCUAUGUCAACACACAGAUGUAUGAAUGAGACAAUUUGUCCUUAUUUUUGUUUGGGA